GGGAUAUGUUCGUAACUCGUUCCUGACAGUGUCCGCGCGGCGGAUCCUUCAUCAACAGAGAGAAUCCUUUCUGUGGAACGUGUUCAACGUGUUUCGCACGGAUAAUAAACGCGGGCAGAAUUUGAUUGACGGAAAAUGAGGUUCUCCCCGUGCAUUGGAUUACUAGUGAUCCUGGCUCUGGCUUCAAGAAGUUGUCAAGUAAGACAUCACAUAGCAAGUACUAUUGGUGAAAAGGUGAAAAACUUUUUUGGUAUUUUUGGUAAUAAACCACCGUAUGCUGUAGAAGCACCUGGACCAUGUUACUGCAGCUGCGGCCUGCGAAACGAAGAAAGUCGAAUAGUUGGUGGUCAAACGACUCGUAUGAAUGAAUUCCCAUGGAUGGCCAGGCUUUCGUAUUUGAACAAAUUCUAUUGUGGUGGAACAUUGAUAAAUGAUCGAUAUGUACUCACAGCAGCUCAUUGUGUCAAAGGGUUCAUGUGGUUCAUGAUCAAGGUCACGUUCGGUGAACAUGACAGGUGCACCGAGAAAGGGGCAGAAACCAGAUACGUGGUGAGAGUGCUAACCGGUGAUUUCAGUUUCCUCAAUUUCGACAAUGAUAUUGCCCUGUUACGUCUUAACGAAAGAGUGCCCCUCAGCGAUACCAUAAGACCCAUAUGUCUGCCAUCAGUAAGAGAUAAGCAAUACAUCGGAUCGAAGGCAAUCGCGUCCGGCUGGGGUACGUUGUACGAGGAUGGUAAGCCUUCUUGCCUGCUGCAGGAAGUCGAAGUACCGGUUAUGAGCCUUCAGGAUUGCCGUAACACAAGCUACAAUCCACGCAUGAUUUCUGAUAACAUGAUGUGCGCAGGAUAUCCCGAUGGCCAGAAGGAUUCUUGUCAGGGUGAUAGUGGAGGACCACUCAUAACCGAACGCGAAGACAAGAAAUAUGAGCUUAUAGGUAUAGUAUCCUGGGGAAAUGGAUGUGCUCGGCCAGGAUAUCCUGGUGUUUAUACGAGAGUAACACGAUACAUAGACUGGAUCAUUUAUCAUUCUCGAGAGGGUUGUUUCUGUGAACAGAAUUAAGAACAAUAAUUAUUGUACACAACGAUGUUCAAACCAAUAGAUUUCUCUGCUUUGUCGUAUCAAUUAUUAGCAUUGAAAAAUUAUCACGUUGAGAGAGAUAAAUACAAGUUUGAAAUAUUAUAACAUAAUUCACGUGCACGUGAGAAAAACGUUUGAUUUCGUUACGAAUAUUAAUUAACAAUCAGUUUUCACAUGAAAUAUGUGUCGAAUAUAAGUGAUAUUCGAAGUGAUUCAAAAAUUAAAUUUGUUUUUCUGAAUAAAUGACUCAAAUGGAGAGUACGAAGCUCAAAAAUAAUUUUAAUACAUAUAUAUUUACAAAAUACUCAAAUUUUUUAUUUUUCUGUAUAUCAUUUUUCAUCUAUUAUUGUUAAUGAUCA